AUGUCGAGUGAAGCCCAGAAGGUGGUAGCUGCUGCCUCACCAAAUACAUGCCAUAUGUGGUGUGCUGAACUACAGAAGAUUAAAGAGAAUGAUGGGAAGGACUUCACCCUAAUGACUCAAAACGUUGAUAGACUACACCAAGCUGCCGGUAGUCAUAACAUUAUCGAGCUUCAUGGUUCACUUUGGCUAGUAAAGAAGAGCAAUGAUGAUGCCCACACUCAUACUUUUAUAGAGGAUGGUGUCAAUGUAUGGGAGGAUCGUAACGUGCCUAUCACUCCUGCCUUUGCUAAUAUAGACCAGCGCCCCCCCGAUCAUCAUCAUCAUAUUACAGUUCCUAUUGGAGAGUUACCACAUAGAGAUGGCAGAUUACUACGACCAGGUGUAGUUUGGUUUGGUGAGGCACUUGAUAAGGAUACACUCGCUUCGGCUAACAAAGCUAUGAGUUCUUGUGAUCUCUUACUUGUCCUUGGAACAUCUAGUGUUGUCUAUCCAGCUGCUGGGUUUGCUGACACUGCAUUGAAGAGGAAUAUUCCACGACAGAGCUACUUAUAG